AUGUCCGACGGAGGCUACAGCAUCAUACACUGGGCUUUAAUCGUCUCUGCUUGUGUCUGCACGACGUUAAUCAUUUCCGUUUGGUUCCACAUGAAGUCUUCUGAUCCUUACGAUCUAUUUCAUCUCGAUCUCAAUAAACUGCCCGGGCAAGAGAAGACUCGGCCUCCCAAGACAGAAUGGCUUAAUAUGGGUUUUUGGAAGGAUACACAAGUCUUUCCCGAAGCUUGUGAAGCUCUUGCUAGAAAACUUAUAACCGCUGCAGAAAUCAAAGAUGGCGCGAGGAUACUGGAUGUCGGACAUGGAACAGGGGAAUCACUUAUCCUUUUCCUAACCAGUCCUUCGAUCCCUCGACCAAGGAGCUUGACUGGAAUUACAAGUCUUGCGUUGCACCACCAACGCUCUGCUGCCAGAGUCCAACGGCUUACACGGUCCUCAGAAGGAACAGCUAUAUUUCUCUACCACGGUGAUGCGGUUUACACAUCUACAGAACAGCAAGAUCACCCUCUGAAUUUCAACGGCGCAUCCACGUUCGACGCGAUAUUGGCUCUAGAUUGCGCGUAUCAUUUUCAUUCCCGAGGAGAGUUCCUUCGUCAAUCGUUCCACCAUCUCACGCCAGGAGGUCGAAUCGCAUUGGCAGAUAUCUGUUUUGACGGAGAGGCGCUCCAGAGGCCAAGUUUGAUGCGUUCGGUUCUGAAACUCAUGCCAAAGGAAAAUAUGGUUUCAAUGGAGGAGUAUGUAGCGACGAUGGAGAGGAUUGGUUUUACAGAUGUAAGACUGGAAAAUAUUAGUAAGUACGUAUUCCCAGGAUUCACCGGAUUUCUUCGAGGACGUGGAAUAGGCUGGAGUAUUUUCUGUCGUGUACUUGACCUGUAUGUAGCGAGAGGAGCACGAUUUGUGAUAGUGAGCGGUAGGAGGUAA